AUGGGCCUGCCAUUCGCAGAACAUCUCGCAGAAUUUGCAAAAACAAAGGGCAUAGCAACAGGAACGAUCGCAAAGAUUGCACAAAACCCAGAUCAAUCGAAGCAUCUCGAAACUGCAACACUCAAAUUGUAUGGAUUGGAUAUAGACUUGGUGAACUUGAGAAGCGAAGAGUAUGCAGAAAACAGUCGGAUACCCACUGGAGUUUCGUUCGGAACCCCGUUGGAAGACGCGAAGAGGCGGGACAUCACCAUCAAUGCCCUAUUCUACAAUGUCCACACUCACUCCGUGGAAGACUUCACGGAGAAGGGUCUAGACGAUCUCCGCGAUGGUUUAAUUCGUACCCCCCUUCCACCAAAAGAAACCUUCAAGGAUGACCCACUUCGUGUUCUUCGUUGCGUAAGAUUUGCCAGCAGGUUUGGGUUCGAUCUUGUCGACGAAAUAUCCAGCGCUGCGAAGGAUCCAGUCAUCCAAGAUGCGCUUGUCACCAAGGUGACUCGUGAGCGAGUGGGUGUCGAACUCAGUAAGAUGCUGAAAGGUCGAGACCCGCUGAGAUCUAUAGAACUUAUCCAUCAACUCUCGCUCUUCACCCCUAUCGUUUCUGCCCUUCCCUCUGAGAUCUUGGCCACUCUGUCCAACAGACCAAAGGACCCUGAACUCGCUCGCCGAAACGCAACUGUCCUCAGCCUCCUUCUCGACCCAAUCGAUGAUCAAAUCCCACCAUUGCAUCCCAUAUACUACAGAUACCUCCGUGCUGACGCGACGACUCGUGCUCGACUGUACCUUGCUUCCUUCUUGACGCCCUAUCUUUCUCUCACAUACCUUGAUAAGAAGCGGAAAGCCCUGCCUGCUGUAGAGGCUGUCAUCCGAGAGGCUCUCAAACUCGGCACUCAAAACCAUUUCCUUGAUGGAGUGCCUUUCCUGUUUUCUGCUGUUCCCAAAGUCCGUCAGUUCUUACUCGAGUAUCCCACCUUCUACACGGAACAUAAGAGGUCGCGAAUUGGUAUGUUUUUGAGGCACAAAAACAUUCACCACCUCAAUGCUGGGGUGCAUUGGUCUUCGUCUUUCUUGUUCUCCUUGGUGACAGAGAUGGGUGAGCUUUACGACCUUAACGCAGAUAAGCUUGACGUCGAUCGAGCCUCGGCUCUGGUUGAACGGUAUAACCAAUUUGCUACCCUGGUGGAAGAACUGGAACUUUACGAUGCCGGGGAAAUGCGACCGCUUCUUGAUGGGAGGGAGGUAUCUACUGCGCUGGGUGCUAAGAAGGGAGGCCCUUGGCUAGCAGAAGCGCUGUCUAAAGUGGUCGAGUGGCAAUUGGAUAACCCUCAACAAAACAAAGAACAAUGUACGGCAUGGCUUAAGCGAGAGCGGGAGGAAGGUCGGAUACAGAUCGAUGAGUUGGUGGAACCUACCUCUAAACGACCUCGGAAGAAGUAA